AUGUGGCGGUCGUCGUUUCCGUUGCUGAAACAGGGCGUGACGUCGACGGUUGGUAGGUGUAAGCCGACAUCAUUUGGAUUGACAAGAACCGCUUUUGUUGAAUCAAAUAAUGGAUUAUGCGGUUGUUUGUUCUCGACUUCGGGAGGCGUAGGGGUGGGGCGUAGUGGUAAUGGUAAUGGUGGGGGUAGUGCAUCAGUUGAGGAGGUGAAUAAGAUGAUGAGAUCGGUGGAUGUGGAGGCUGUAAAAGCGAAGCUAGGUACGGGUGGUAAUGAGGUGGUUCGCUAUUCGGAGCUUUUACAGGCGUGUGAGAGUAUGGGUGUCGCCAAAUCUGCUGAGGAAGCGAAGGAGAUUGUGAAAGGUCUUGACGAUGCUGGUGUCAUUUUCAUCUUCAGAGAUAAAGUUUAUCUUCAUCCCCAUAAGGUGAUGGAUCUUGUUAGAAGAGCAGUUCCUCUUGCUCUGAUGCCUGAAGAUGAUCCUGAGAAAGAAGAGCUGAAGAGGCUACAAGCAAAGCAGGAAGAGAUCGACGUGCUGGCACACAAACAGGUGCGACGCAUCCUCUGGGGUGGGCUCGGACUUUCAAUCGCACAAGUUUCACUGUUUUUCCGGCUAACUUUCUGGGAAUUCUCAUGGGAUGUUAUGGAACCAAUCACAUUCUUCACUACCAGUUCUGGUUUGAUAUUGGGGUAUGCUUACUUCCUCUUCACUUCAAGGGACCCCAGUUACCAAGACCUCAUGAAACGGUUGUUUUUGUCGCGUCGAAGAAAGCUGAUGAAAAAGCACAAUUUCAAUGUGGAAAGAUUGAUGGAGCUUCAGAAGAAAUGCAAAUCGCCAUUGGAGUCAGGGAUGAUGCUGGAAACUGAUGAUCUGUUGCAUAGGAAUUGA